AUGGCAAACAAAACAGCACCUCUGCUUCUCAAAGCACUUAUUGAUAUUACAGAGUUACACUCUUUCAAAUUAUUGAAAGGAAGCUCUGGCAGAAAUAAUAUCAGAUACAUGAGUUCUUGUGGCAUUCUUGCCACCCGCUGUGCCAGCCUACCGGUCAGCCCCGCCGUUGGCACCUUAGUGUGCCCACCGAGCUGCAGCUUCGUCAGCCUUGCUGUUCCUCUCGUGAACCGCAGGAUGGAGUACUCAGAGAGCCGGAACCUCAGAUACUCUCCAGAGCAGAUGUACAAUCUGGUGGUCAGUGUAGACAAGUACCACCAGUUUGUGCCCUGGUGCAAGAAAUCCAAGGUGAUGAGGGGGCAGAGCGGGGACGUGAAGGCCCAGUUGGAGAUUGGCUUCCCUCCCAUUGUGGAGCGCUAUACCUCUGAUGUCGCUGUUGUGCCAAACCACCAAGUCAGGGCUGUGUGUACAGACAGCUCCCUCUUCAGUCACUUGGAGACAGUGUGGAGGUUUGGCGGAGCUCCAAACCAACCCAACUCAUGCAACGUGGAGUUCUAUGUGUGUUUUGAGUUUAAGUCCAUGCUGCACACGCAGUUGGCAGUGGUGUUCUUCGAUGAGGUGGUCAAGCAGAUGGUGAACGCAUUUGAAAAGCGGGCGGACAGGUUGUACGGACCCAAGACUACCCAGUGA